AUGGCGGCUGGCGUGCUCUCGUCAGAGAUUCUUUACCUUCCCCGUUUAAAUCUCCAGACGUCUCUUGUGUUCAUCCUUGCCUUUCUUCUAGCGUGGUUGUAUCUCAAACGCCCGAGGAACCUGCCUCCCUACCCGGCAGGAUGGUGGCCUGUUCUCGGGCACCUCCUCGCCUUGGGCCGAGCGCCUCACCUCAAGCUGACGGCGUGGAGGCGGGAGUACGGGGACGUCUUUACUGUUAGGAUCGGGACGGAAGAUGUGGUGGUUCUGAACGGCUACACUGCCGUCAAGGACGCGCUCGUGGAUAGGUCCGAGUUGUUCGCCUCCAGGCCGACAAAUUACAUAUUCGACCUCAUCACUGGGUUUGGGAAAGGUGUGGGUAGUGCACGGUGGGGAAAACCCUUCAAACAGAAGAAAAAGUUCGCCUCCACAGUCCUGAGGACUCUCGGUGUGAAGGAAGGCCUGGGCAGCAUGGAGGGGAAGAUUCGAGAAGAGACGGGCUGCCUCUGCGCCAAGGUUGCUGAAAAUGGAGGCCAGCCCUUUGAUCCCCAGAGUGACCUGCAGGUCACUAUAGCGAACGUCAUCUGCUCCAUGGUGUUCGGAAAUCGCUUUGACUACGGCGACGAGCGGUUCAGGGAACUGUCAGAGGCGAUACUUGUCACGAUGGACCGACUGGGAGCCGGGCAGGUCAUUAACGUGUUCCCGUUCCUGCGAUUUGUCCCUGGGGUGAACAGGUCUCUCCACGAUGUAAACAAGUGUAGCGCGAAGAUCCACGAGUUUCUCUGGGAGGAAAUCUCGCGCCAUCGCCAGGCCCUGGACCGCGAGAAUCCGCGAGACUUCCUCGACUAUUGCCUGGUCGAACUUGAAAGGCAGGAAAAGGUGGAAGAUUUCACCGAGGAACAAGUGCUAUAUCUCGUGUACGACGUUUUCCUCGCUGGACUGGACACACUCUCCAACACAGUGCGAUGGUGUCUGCUGUACAUGAUCAUGUACCCAGACGUCCAAGAGAAGGUCCAGUCGGAGCUUGAUGCCGUUGUUGGAGGCGCCCUGCCCACCCUGUCCCACCGUGCCCGGCUGCCUUACACCCAGGCCACUGUGAUGGAGGUACAGCGGAUCCGCCAUGUUGGUCCUCUCGGUCUGCCUCACGCCACCACGCAAGACGUCACAGUGGGCCAGUUCCAUCUACCGACGGGAGCUAAGGUCAUGACGAACCUGCACUCCCUCCACAUGGACCCCGCCUACUGGCCGGAUCCGGACCGGUUUGACCCCGGAAGGUUUCUGGACGCAGAAGGAAAGAUCAUUAACAAACCGAAGUCAUUCAUGCCAUUUUCUGGAGGAAGACGCACGUGCCUUGGAGAGCAGCUCGCCAAGAUGGAGCUAUUCCUGCUGUUCUCCAGCCUGCUGCAGAACUUCACCUUCAAGCCGCCAGAGGGCGCCCCUCCACCGUCUGAUGAGGGCAUAAUGAGAAUCACACUGAUGGCUCACCCCUUCAAGCUGUGCGCAAUUCCACGUUGAAUCGUUAUC